AAUCCGGGCUCCCGAGCUCGGCGUCGUUGUUUCUCCCACCGCCGGGAGCCGGGUCCUGCCGCGCACGCAGCCCAGUUGCCUCGAGCGAGCAGCCGAGCCCGGCCGCGCAGACAUGGGGAAAUCCUUUUCUCACCUGCCUUUACAUACGUGUAAGGAAGAUGGCUAUGAUGGAGGUACAGCAUCUGAAAACAUGAGGAAUGGAUUAGUUCACUCUGAAUCCCAUAGUGAAGAUGGAAGAAGUGGGGAUGUGUCACAGUUCCCAUAUGUGGAAUUUACUGGAAGAGACAGUGUCACUUGUCCCACUUGCCAGGGAACAGGGAGAAUUCCACGUGGGCAGGAAAACCAGCUUGUGGCACUGAUUCCAUACAGUGAUCAGAGGCUGAGGCCAAGAAGAACAAAGCUUUAUGUGACUGCUUCUGUAAUAGUAUGCUUACUCCUUUCUGGUCUGGCUGUAUUCUUCUUAUUUCCUCGUUCCAUCGAUGUCGAAUACAUUGGAGUGAAGUCAGUAUAUGUCAGUUAUGAAACAAGUAGGCGCAUAAUAUAUCUAAAUAUUACGAACACCCUAAAUAUAACAAACAACAAUUAUUAUUCUGUUGAAGUGGCAAACAUUACAGCCCAAGUUCAGUUUUCAAAAACGGUUAUUGGGAAGGCACGGCUAAACAAUAUCACCAACAUUGGUCCACUGGAUAUGAAGCAGAUUGAUUAUAUGGUGCCCACAGUCAUACAAGAUGAAAUGAGCUACAUGUUUGAUUACUGUACCUUGCCAUCUAUUAAAGUGCAUAACAUAGUAGUCAUGAUGCAAGUGACAGUGACGACCUCUUACUUUGGCCACUCUGAACAAAUAUCCCAGGAGAGAUACCAGUAUGUAGACUGUGGUGGAAACACGACUUAUCAAAUGGGCCAGUCAGAAUAUCUAAACGUACUUCAACCUCCACAAUAAAAGUGGCAGAGUGGAUGAUGCAGAAAAAAAAAGAUGGCUGUUGCUGCUGCCAGACUUCAUCUUAGUAGAACUGUUGAUCAGAUUUGCUACUAUUUAAAAGGGUGUGUGUGUGUAAAGUUUAGCAACCCUGAAGAUCUGUUUGCUUAUAAUACGAUCUGCGGGAGGAGGAAAAGUGCAAAAUGUAUAUAGCCACAAUUGUUGAACAGUGUAUUUCCCCUUCUGUUUACUUUUAUGAUAUGUAGACAUUUCUAUCAAAUUGUUUCACUAGGAAAAAAUGCAUCUUAAAUUUUCAGACAGAGAACUUGGAUGAUUGCCUACAACACAAUGUGGCUACAAGAAUUUUAAAGUAAAUAUGCAUAUAUUUAUUUAUCUGUAUAGAUGAAACAAUGUCACUAAGGAACAUUUGUGAGAGGAAUAAAUAUAUAAGUUAAAUACUAAGAACUGAAACUAUAACAUAUAGUAGUACAGAUCAAGGCUUCUAUUUAAGUCACCAGUUUCCUUUAGAGCGUCUGGAUAUGUCUAUAUAUGUAGUAACUUACAGUCCUUGAGGAUGCAUUAGUAAACUUACGGCAAAACAGCUUUCUUUGUAUUGGAAUUCUGUUUUAGGUAUGCUUCCAUUACAGGUUAACUGCUUGAUUUUUUUUUUUUUUUCUUUUUCUUUUUCCCCCCCACUCCUUAAGCACAAACAAAACUCUUAUUGACUUGAAUGAAGGUUUUUGUUUUCCUUGAAUGUGGAAUUUUGGAUCUGGUGUUAAGUUGGCUACUAUUCUUUUGUUUUUGUUUCUACCUCCUCCCUGCCCCUACCCCAGGAUGGGAAGUUAAAGAAAAUGUUCAUUAUUCAUAUUUUUAAAAACGAAUAAUGCAUAUGACAAAAAUUCAUGACUGCUUUGCAAAAUUCAUCGUUGAGUUAAAGAAAAAUGUUGAAGUCUCUAUUGGAUAAUGAAAAAUAUAAAAUGCAUAAAGUUAUUUCAUUUUUUGUAGUAGUAGCUUGGAGUACAAGUGUAUCACUUUCAAGUUUACACAGAAUCACUUAAACAGUGUACAUAGUAAGUCUAGAUAUGGCUUUUGGGCAACUAAGUGUAAACUGAAAAUAUAACUAAUCAUAAUCGCUUUGAAAUAUAAAGAAUGUGUACCUAACACUGACAAGUAGUUUAACAUCUGUAUGGACUGAAUAAGCAGUAGUUGCCCAAAUCCUCUUGAGACCUCACACUUCACAUUAUGAGAUUGGAGAGUGACUUUUUUUUUUUUUAAAGUGCAAGUGCCUAUGCAAACACUAAACUACAAGAACUCAAAUAUGGUUACUUUCUGAUAACAAAAUAAUCCUGAGUAAAUGUCUUCAGUGUCAUUGAAUGCCAGGUAUAAUUGGCCGCGGAACUGUGUGCUUGUGCGUUUCACCUUGUGAGGAGCAUAAUUUAAUUUAGAUUUAAUCUUAAAAUUUCUUUGAUUUUUGGAGACUACCUUUAAUGUGUUUAAAACACUUUUGUUCUUUUACUUGAAUCCAAAUAACGUCUUCAGUUUUAGUUAAAAGAAUCCUGAUUUAGUUAGUUCUAAAUUGGAUAAUUACAGGUUAAUGUAUACUUGCUAUUGAGCAGUUAGAUUGUUAAAUUGAAAUGAACAAUAUUUUUAAAAAAACAGGUACUGCAGCUUUAAUGCUUCCAUAUCUUUCUAACAUAGGAUAUUAGACAUAAGAAUCCAGUUCAUUGGCAGUAGUGUUAUAUUCUAAAGGUAACUUUUCAGUUAAGAAAUAGUCUGAAAGCUUGAAAAUGUAAUUUUGUUGUUUUUGUUUUCCCCUUCACGUUUUUUGUUGUAUGGAGCUAAACUUCACAAUUAAAAAAAAAAAAAAAAGAAAGUUACUCUGCUAUAAGUGAUGGUCCUGUUAAGGGUUCUGCAUGGGUGUAAAGGUGUGCCUCCCUAUAUCCCUUUGCAUUAUUGGACUUUAAAUCAUCACAUUUCUGUAAAUAGUGUUGGUCAGUUCACACUGAUUGAACCAGAAGACACAAUGCUGGCAUUACAAAACCAAGUUACUUCUUGCCUUCUUAAAAAUAUUUUUGGUAGUUGGUUAUAAACUUGAAAAAUGGUGAAUAAACAGAAUAACAAAAGUUAUACUGCACUUAAUAUAACCUAGUGCUGUUAUAUACAUAAACAUGUAGUUGCAAAUGCCCAAUCUUUGACUAUGGCUGGCAAUAACAAAGCAUGCCUGGGGUGGGGGUUGGUGAUUGGUGAUAGAAGGUUGGCUGUGUGGGGAGCUUGUACCACUAUUUGUGUGGAACAGCUAACUGCCGACAGUUUAAAAGGGCUGAUUUCUCAGCCAAUGACUAGGAUAUAGAGAGGCUCUGGCCAGACCCAUGUGUCAGCAGCAGAGAGUACUGUGUGGUAAGAGUUGCUACCUUUAGAGCACUUUUCCACUGCAGGAUCUUCCUAAAUCAUGGUGUAUUUCUUUCUGGAUCUGGCCAUGCCAGAUUUAAGGCCAGAACCUGCCAAUGGUACAGUGCAAAACAUUCCGUGAACAAAACUGUGGGUUCAGAAAUAGACUGAAACUCUUAUGUAAUUUUACUUCUAUAUAAUCUUCUAAGUAUUGGCUAUUUUGAGACAAUGAUCCAUUAAUAAAAUGUGUCUUGCCGUGAACAGUGCUGUCAGUAGUAAUACAUCUGUGUAAAAGUUAGUUACUUUCCUUAGGCUAGUCCAGCUAAGGAACUUUUGGUUCAAGAUGACAAGAAUGUCGAGUUCUUAAUAUUUAACUGCUAAGGGUAUGAUUCUGAAAAGGGAUCUACCUGAGUGUAUGAUAGGG